UCUUUUGAGGCUGGAGAGAGCUUUCAUUUACUUUUUUUCCCAAGAGGCUUUCCACAGUCCUUUUCUUGGGCUCUAAAGAGAAAGCUCCAAACUGUGUGUCUUGGCUCUCCAGGAACAAGAAAUGUCAUAUUCUCAUGAGCAAUCUUGAUCUCAUAGCCUUAAGAAUGUCAUAGCAAUCAAUUACUUUUCUAAAGUGAAGCAUUAAACUUUUUGGCAUUCCCCAUUAAUAAUAACUACCACUGCCAGUUUGCUUGUAAGUCUCUACACAACUUUCUCUUGAAAAUAAAAUUCUAAUUAAAGUUCUAAUGAACUUUCUUCUCAGAAAGAGAAAAAAUUGAACACCUUUCAUGCCUUCCUGUAUACAGCCUUUCAGAAAAAAACCUUUUGGCUCACUUACCCAGGUUCACUCUGUAUUUUAAUACUGACUGCAGCAAACAGGCAGAUCAAACCACUUUCUGACUACAGAAGCACAACGUGCAUCACAAGAUUGCAAAAGAGAAAGUAUGAAAGCUAUGAGCUUUCCUUCUUUUUACUACAUUAUUUUUAUUCUCAGCCAAAUAUAGUACAGUCUUUGCAUUAGAAUAGUCUGGAUCACUAUUUACUUAAUUCUUUAACAUCACCCUGUUUCCUAGUAUUGAAAAAAAUGGAAGGUAUCACAAGCUAUGUGCAGCUUGUUCAUGACAAAUUUUCUAGAAUGGAAUGCCUGAAACUCAAAUUUCUAUCUGUGUUUGAUGUCCAUGUGUAUUUACAUGGGUGUUUAAGGCAUAUUGGCUCAGAUUAGUUCAAGGUAAAUUGCAUCAGUUUCUUGCUAUCUGGAGUUCUAAAUCAGUCCAUUAAUGUAAAGCAACAGACCCCCUUCACCUGUGAAGACUACAAGGCAGCAAGAAGACGUUGUCCCAGAAAAGAUGUAAUAGUUCAUUUCUUUCAAUUUCUCUAUCAAAUUGACAGUUGAAAAUAAGCAUGAACUAUGUAGCUAUGUCCCAUUAUAAAAAGACUGUGCUCAAGUAUGGGGCAUGAAUUAAGUACAUCAGAAGGUGCUACUCCUAGCAUGAGUAGCUAGGAAAGACAUUUGUCUUAUUAUCUGAUAUAAUUAUAUUAUUUGGGAAUGUAAUUUUUUGCGUGCUUGAUCUACUUUUCACAAAUCAUGCAAUUCAAAUGUGUUACCUUUGAUCUAAAUGGAUUCUGAAUUUGCAAUACCUACAUUGGAGGUAAUGGAAGAAAGAAUUAAUACACUUCUGUGUAAGAUGCUUAAGUGAUAACUGGGUAACUUGUUAGCAGAACAGAAAUGAAUAACUCAACGUACAUAAACUCUUCCACUGAAAAUGUGAUGGCUUUGGAGAGUCCCUAUAAAACUGUAGAGGUGGUCUUUAUUGUCCUGGUAGCAGGGUCUCUCAGCCUAGUCACCAUAAUUGGGAACAUCCUGGUCAUGGUGUCAAUCAAAGUCAACAGGCACCUACAGACUGUCAAUAACUAUUUCCUGUUCAGCUUGGCCUGCGCUGACUUGAUCAUCGGCAUCUUUUCAAUGAACCUAUACACCCUCUACACUGUGAUAGGGUACUGGCCUUUGGGGCCUGUCGUGUGUGACCUCUGGCUGGCUCUUGACUAUGUGGUCAGCAACGCCUCUGUAAUGAACCUCCUCAUUAUCAGCUUUGACAGAUACUUUUGUGUCACCAAGCCUCUGACCUACCCUGUGAAGCGAACCACUAAGAUGGCAGGCAUGAUGAUUGCAGCUGCGUGGGUGCUGUCCUUCAUCCUGUGGGCCCCUGCAAUUCUCUUCUGGCAGUUCAUUGUGGGAGGAAGGACUGUCCCAGACGGGGAUUGUUACAUUCAGUUUUUUUCCAAUGCUGCUGUCACUUUUGGUACUGCUAUUGCAGCCUUCUACUUGCCUGUUAUCAUCAUGACUGUCCUUUACUGGCAAAUCUCUCAAGCCAGUAAGAGUCGAAUAAAGAAAGGAAAAAAGGAAGCUGCCCAAAACCAAGAUACAGUUUCCCCCAGCCUUGUCCAAAGCAAAACAGUGAAACCAAACAAUAACAACAUCCCAGCCAGUGGUGAUGGGUUGGAACACAGCAAAAUUCAGAAUGGAAAAGCCACUGGAGAGACUGUGACGGAGAACUGUGUUCAAGGGGAGGAGAAGGAGAGCUCCAACGACUCCACCUCUGUCAGUGUGGUCGCUUCCAACAUGAAAGAAGAUGAAGCUGCCAAAGAUUUCAGCCAGGCUUCUGCCUCCCAAGACCAUCUCAAAGUGGGAAACUCCAAGCUGACAUGCAUCAGGAUAGUCACCAAGUCCCAAAAGGGUGAUUGCUGUGCUUCCACCAACACUACUGUGGAGAUUGUAGGCACUAGUGGGGAGGAGAAGCAGAAUAGUGUAGCCCGGAAAAUUGUCAAGAUGACAAAGCAGCCAGCCAAAAAGAAACCACCUCCUUCUAGAGAGAAAAAAGUGACAAGGACGAUUUUAGCCAUCCUCCUGGCCUUCAUCAUCACCUGGACCCCAUACAAUGUGAUGGUGCUCAUCAACAGCUUCUGCACAUCCUGCAUCCCUGGUACUGUAUGGACCAUAGGUUAUUGGCUCUGUUAUAUCAACAGCACCAUCAACCCUGCUUGUUAUGCGCUCUGCAAUGCUACCUUCAAGAAGACCUUUAAGCACCUUCUUAUGUGUCAUUACAAGAAUAUAGGAGCUACAAGGUAAAAAUAGUAACAAAAAAUAAUAAUGGAAAGGGUGAAGAAGAUCCAAAUUAAGUUAAAAAAAAACACAAACAACUAGAUAAAUGCCAUAGCACUUUAUGCUCUUUUACAGAAUGUGCAAUCUAGGAUGUUAGUGGAAAUACUGACAUGGAGCAUCAGCUCCACUCCUGAGAACUACACUUAGAAACAUUUUUUUAAAUUAUUGAAAACAAAUCCUGUGGACAUGGAGAUGUCUGAGGAAUUAUUCAAGGAUAUGGACUGGAGGCACAGUUCCUUGCUUUCUGCAAGUAUUCUGCAGAAGGGCUUUAGAGUCUACAAUUUUUGGUCAUUCUGUGCAAAAUCCUUGUUCU